GAGAGAUGGAAGAAGCAGAAAUCCCAGAAAUCCUAAUCACGGAGGAGGAAGAUGCAGAAGAAGGACGAUUCUUCGCAUGCUGUUGAGCUCUCGCAGCCCCCGCUACAAAGGCCACACCUAUAUUUGAUUCACAGUGAACCCACGGCGUCGUAUAAGACAGCAAAAUGGUGCAAUAGCGCAAGGUGCUUGGAGAUGGUCUUGUGCAUCUAUGUUUACCAGUUUGAAUGGGCCUGGCAGCACCCAACUGUAUCGAAGGCAGUUAGGCAGGCUGCUGCAAGCUUUAAAUCACUGGGAGGGGUUGUCAGUAAGAUCAAACUUGCAUACACCAUGCUCACUCUCCCUCCUUGGCAGAGGUAUCAUCUUAUCUUGUCUUAUUAUCUUCCUUGUGAGUUGUCAAUGGAUGAAUAUACAUAUGCUUGAACAUAACUGUAGACUUCUUUUCAAAGAAACAUUAAUAAAACCGAGUAUAGCCAUUCAACGAUAUUAUUUUUUAAAAGUAUCAGGAAAAACCGAAUAUAGCCGAGCUGCUAUACUAUUUAUAAAAUACUAGA